AUGAGCACAUUUAUCAAGUCAAGGUUGCACCCUCCUGCUGCUGACCGCCCCUCCGCCGCCAUCACCACUGCUCCCAACCCAUCAACUCAACAGCUCGCUUCCGCCGUUACCGGUUCGCCCUCGUCCUCCUCCGCCGAUGAGCCCGCAGAGAAUACCGCCGAUGAGGAAGAUUCCGAAGAUUACUGCAAGGGCGGAUACCAUCCUGUCCAAGUCGGCGAGACUUUCAAGGAUGGCAAGUAUACCGUCGUCCGCAAGCUUGGGUGGGGUCACUUUUCUACCGUCUGGCUCUCCCGCGACAACAACUCGAGCAAGCACGUCGCCCUCAAAGUCGUUCGUUCCGCCGCCCACUACACCGAGACCGCCAUCGACGAGAUUAAACUUCUCAACCGCAUCGUCCAGGCCCAACCCGACCACCCCGGCCGCAAACAUGUUGUCAGCCUUCUCGACUCGUUUGAGCACAAAGGCCCAAAUGGUACUCACGUGUGCAUGGUUUUUGAGGUCCUCGGAGAGAAUCUCUUGGGAUUAAUCAAGCGCUGGAACCACCGUGGCAUUCCCAUGCCCCUCGUCAAGCAAAUCACCAAGCAGGUCUUGCUCGGUCUCGACUAUCUCCACCGCCAAUGCGGCAUCAUUCAUACCGACCUCAAACCCGAAAAUGUUUUGAUUGAAAUCGGCGACGUUGAGCAAAUCGUAAAAAAAGUGGUGAAAAACGAAGCAGGGGACAAGGAGAACAACAGAAAUGGUCGCCGCCGGAGGAGGACUCUGAUUACCGGCAGUCAGCCUCUACCCUCACCUCUCAACUCGUCUUUCAACCACUCGAAUCUCUUCCCGUCUGUCACCUCGCAGGCGAGCUUGGACGCUAGAGGGAAAGAUCCUUCCCCCAAGGACGACAAAUCACAAACCGACAAGACUGCCAUUUCCCUCGACAAGUCCCCAACCGCCGCCACUGGCGAGAAGCGCAAGGCCGAGGACGCACAUUCCUCUGACAUUAUCAGCGUCAAGAUUGCAGACCUCGGCAACGCCUGCUGGGUCAACCACCACUUUACGGACGACAUUCAGACACGACAGUACAGAUCUCCUGAGGUCAUUCUCGGCGCUAAGUGGGGAGCCAGUACCGAUGUCUGGAGCAUGGCAGCUAUGAUAUUCGAACUCAUAACCGGCGACUACCUCUUCGACCCCCAGUCCGGCACCAAAUACGGCAAAGAUGAUGACCAUGUGGCCCAAAUUAUCGAGCUUCUUGGGCCUUUUCCCCGCACAUGCCUCACUGGCAAGUGGUCGCAGGAAAUCUUCAACCGUCGAGGGGAGCUGCGCAACAUUCACCGCCUGCGCCACUGGGCUCUCACAGAUGUGCUGCGCGAGAAGUACCACUUCAAAGAAGACGAGGCCAAGCGCAUCUCGACCUUCUUGACUCCCAUGCUUGAGCUUAUACCUGAUAAGCGCGCCAAUGCAGGCGGAAUGGCGGCACACGGCUGGCUGGAGGAUACACCCGGCAUGAAGGGCAUCAAAGUCGACGGACUCAAGGUCGGCAGCAAAGGGGAGGAGAUUGAGGGCUGGUCCACGCAGUCAAGGAAACGAGCAGCAUGA